AUGGAGAUGGAGGGCAACGAAGGACAAGGACGACUUACGGCGCACGGUGACCGCCGUGUUUCGCAGGAGGGCCAUGCUCGCCCUCUCGAUGUUCGAGCGCUGAGCGCUGAGCCGUCGCAAAUUCGCGCAAUGGCGAUGGCGAUGGCGCUGCGAACGUUGCCGGCGAGGGUGGCCUCGAAGCUCGGAGGAAAAGACAUGAACGACGGAGAGACCGAGGGCGGCGCAGAGACUGGCGAGUCGUCAGGCUGUGUGCACAAGACAAGAGACGAACGCGAUGGGGAGGAGCGGACGCUUCUUGGGUGGAGCAGUCGAUCGGAUGCAGGCGAGCAGCUGCUGACCGUGUCUCCAUCGCUUGUCAUUGGUGUUCCUGGUCACAGGCCCCCCAUCACCAGGACCCCGUUCGUGCCCAGGCGUCUCUUGGCCUCCGGGACCCCGUUCCAUCGCAUGUGGCCCAUCCUCCAUCAACCCUCCAACGCAAUGCAUCUCCAUUGUUGCUCGCAGCGACGGCAGACAGCCGCAAAAGGAGCCUUUGGCGCAGGGGCCCCGCUCGCUGCAGAAGAUCCGCCGGUGUGA